UCGGUGUUACACGGAACGUUGUACUCCGAAAAAGUCUCUCACUGGCUUGCAUAUUAUUACAAUAUAAAACAUAUCACCAUUUUUGUUGAUAUAUUUAACCUACACGUUUGUAGUCCAUUUAUUGACCAAUAAUGACCGGUGAAUCGAGAUUGAUGUCGGACACCGGGGAGGAGUGGCAGGUUGCCCGCAGACGAAAAGGCGCAGCGCGGAAAUCAAAACCACUUCAGGUGUCCUCAAACUCAACAUGCUGCGAGGAUCAGCUGGACAUAGCGAAAACUGUAAAACGAAUCAGAGAGACAGUGUCUGACCUCAGAUGCGAGGAGUUUUGGCCUCAGUGGAAAAAGCAGCUUCUGGUGGCACUAGGAUCAGUAGAGCUCUCAAAAUCUCCAGUGGACAGGGACCCUGAAGCCCCCACAGAAGAUGGCCAGCUGUUUCAAAAUCUGGACUGUGUGUGUUAUGGCCUUGGCUCCUUUUCCUCGUGUGUCUCAGCUCGCUUCCAGCUUGCCAUGUUGCUGCUGCUACUGGACGCAGGACAGAUUCCUCUGAAGGACUGCUUUAUUUAUGACCCCGCCUUCUCAUCUGGUGAGAGGGAGGUUUUAAUGCAACUGGGUUUGACGGUACUCACAGAUAAUGAGGAAGGGAAGCGUCUGGCGACUAAGCCCACACUCUUUUACCUAAUGCAUUGUGGUAAGGCCCUGUACAACAACCUUCUGUGGAAGAAUUGGAGUACUCAAAGUCUACCUCUGAUGAUAAUUAUUGGAAACAGCUUCAAUGGCAUUUUGGAAAGAACAAUUGAGAGAGAGUUCAAGCGGGACUACAUCUACAUUACUCAGGCUGUGUCUGUUUGUGAGGACAGACUGUUGCCUUGUCCAUCCCGUCUGAUUGACGUCUUCAGUGACACUGCAGUCAUCACCUUUCCAACCAGCAGCCUUAACAGACUCCCACAAUCCACCUGGGUAGAGCCGCCUGAGCCACAGUACCAACACUGCCCUGAUUUAGAGAUAAUUCAGAGGGAAACACAGGAGAGAGACAGGGGAGGAACAAUAAACUGACUUUGUUUUAUAUUGUUGAUUUUUUUAAAUAAAAGUACUACCUCAAAAGGAUAUUGAUAUAAAGUA